GGACUCUUUCCGGCCUGAUCCACCCCUAGGAUUUCUCAGGCCGGUGCCCCACCCCCAGUGACCCCCAUCUGACCGCCGGUGAGCGCGUUGCAGGGGACAAGAAAGAGGGUGUCGAGCCCGGCCAGAGGUGUUUGGUGCGAUGCCACCCUACUCGACACUGCCCUUUAGGCGUCUCAUCUGGUCCUUGGCCUCCAGUCGGCUGGUUCCCAGAAGACACAGCGGACGUAGCCUCCUACAUACAGCUCCAGAAGCCCGCACAGAUGGGAUUACCCCCGUGUUCAUCCGCGCCCUGGCCUUUGGGGACAGGAUUGCCCUUAUCGACAAACAUGGCCGUCACACCUACAGGGAGCUUUAUGACCGCAGCCUUUGCCUGGCCCAGGAGAUCUGCAGGCUUCGGGGUUGUAAGGUUGGGGACCUCCAGGAGGAGAGGGUUUCCUUCCUGUGCUCCAAUGAUGUCUCCUAUGUUGUAGCUCAGUGGGCCUCCUGGAUGAGUGGCGGCAUUGCCGUCCCGCUCUACUGGAAGCACCCUGCGGCCCAGCUGGAGUAUUUCAUCCAGGACUCCCGGAGCUCUGUGGUCGUGGUGGGCCAGGAGUACUUGGAGCGCCUAAGUCCAGUGGCCCAGAGGCUGGGAGUCCCUCUUCUGCCUCUCACGCCUGCCGUCUACCGUGGAACAGUGGAGCAGCCCCUAGAGCAGCCGGUUCAAGAGAGGGAAUGGCGUGACCGGGGUGCUAUGAUCUUCUACACCAGUGGGACCACGGGGAGGCCCAAGGGUGCACUGAGCACCCACCGUAACUUAGCAGCUGUGGUGACUGGGCUGGUCAACGCGUGGGCGUGGACAAAGAAUGACGUGAUCCUUCAUGUCCUCCCGCUGCACCAUGUCCACGGUGUGGUCAACAAGCUGCUCUGUCCACUCUGGGUAGGAGCCACCUGUGUGAUGCUGCCUGAGUUCAGUGCUCAGCAGGUUUGGGAAAAGUUUUUGAGCACAGAAACUCCACGGAUUAAUGUAUUUAUGGCAGUGCCCACGAUCUACAGCAAACUGCUGGACUACUACGACAAGCACUUCACACAGCCCCACGUCCAGGAUUUCGUGCGUGCAGUUUGUAAAGAAAAGAUUAGGCUCAUGGUGUCAGGCUCGGCUGCCCUGCCUGUCCCCCUGCUGGAGAAGUGGAAGAGCGCCACGGGCCACACACUACUGGAGCGCUAUGGCAUGACGGAGAUUGGCAUGGCCUUAUCCAACCCCCUGACGGAGGCUCGCUUGCCAGGUUCAGUGGGGACCCCAAUGCCAGGAGUGGAAGUACGCAUUGUCUCAGAAAACCCGCAGAAGGAUUCUCCCUACAUCAUCCAUGCAGAGGGAAAUGAGAGGGAGACAAAGGUGACCCCAGGGUUCGAGGAAAAGGAAGGAGAGCUGCUAGUUAGGGGACCCUCUGUGUUCCGAGAAUACUGGGAUAAGCCGGAUGAAACGGAAAAGGCUUUCACUCUGGAUGGCUGGUUCAGAACAGGGGACACCGCCGUGUUCAAGGACGAUAGGUACUGGAUCCGAGGGCGUACAUCAGUGGACAUCAUCAAGACUGGAGGCUACAAAGUCAGUGCCCUGGAGAUUGAGCGGCACCUGCUGGCCCACCCCAGCAUCACCGAUGUGGCUGUGAUUGGAGUUCCGGAUAUGACAUGGGGCCAGCGGGUCACAGCUGUGGUGGCCCUUCAAGAAGGACACUCGCUGUCCCACAAGGAUCUCAAGGAGUGGGCCAGAGGUGUCCUGGCACCCUAUGCUGUGCCCUCUGAGCUCCUGCUGGUGGAGGAGAUCCCACGGAACCAGAUGGGCAAGGUGAAUAAGAAGGAACUACUCAGGCAGUUCUACCCCUCGUGACCAGAGGAGCCAGGGGGCCGAGGCCAGAGGACAGCAGACAUCCCCUGACGAUCAUGUGCUGUGGGCCUCGCAGUGGGCCCAGACACCCUUAGACAGAAACAACCCUCCUCCCCUGCAAUCAAGUUGACCAGAAUCAAAAACACUGGGGUGAAAUCACCCAGGCUGAUUGUCCAAGCUCGCGUGGCCCUGAUCACUGGGUGUGUCCUCAGUUGUCCCUGAGAUCACUGAUGUACGUCAGCCUCGCAAACACAGUAAGGGCAUGACUGUCCAGUGUGUGGCCAUCUUCGCAGUGCCCAAGACUGCUGACUCCUAAGGGCAGGUCCCAGAGGGGCAGAGGUGACGCUGAGAAAAGAGAUGAAAUAAAGACAGAAGACAAUGUCCUGUGCUUCCUGGCUGUGGCGAACAAGUUACAUGUCUGCACGCACCACCUCCAGCAAUCGCAGCUUCCAGCCGCCAUAGGAUGCCAGACAGUGGCACUGGGCGGAGCCUGCAGCCCCCAGACCUGGAUCCUGCUGCUGGGACUCUUACCCUGGAACUUUGGUCUGUGUGGUCGAACAGCCCCCCAAGGCUGUCCCCAGAUGGCCCUGAAGCUUCCCUGCCUUGACCCUGCCUCACCCCAAUUUAGGGUCUUUCUGGUUCUUCUCUAUGCUCUGUUCCCUUUGUUGCCUGCUUCUCAGACCUUCCUGCUCUGCUGUGUCCACAUCUGAAAGCUUCCCUGACCUCCAUCCCCCAGGCCCCCAAGCACCGUAGGUCUCCUACCUGCUUGGCUAUGUGCACGUGGAGAAACAGUGUUCUCUCGCUCUCUCUCCUACCUCCCCCUCUCUUCCUCUCCUCUCCCCUCCCCUCCCCUAUCCUCCUUUCUCUCUCCUUCUGGGGCCACUUCUUUUUUUUUUC